CGUACUGCUUGCUCCUCUCUUGACGCCCGCAUUUGGUGUGGGCGUGGUGCUGGUGGCCGUCCUGAUCUACAGCUGCGUGGUGGUGCCCGCCCUCGCCAACUACUACUCUUUCUCCCGCCUUCUCCUUCGCUCGGUCAAGUUCCUGGGCCAUGGCGGGGGUGCGUUCGGGUGGUCGUGGUGGCGAGCACAUACCUGGCUACAUGUGGCUGGUACUUCUGGUAUUCGUCCCCUACUUGGUCCACACUUUACGAAACCGUCCUUACCUGCUGGUCGUAGCGGGGGUAAUAUACGUUGCGGUGGUCCUCCCUAUGGCUCUGAAGGGGCAGCUGUACCAGGGUUCCCUCCUGUGGCUUCCUAGGACGGUCGUGGCUCUCUUGAUGCUGCGCUCUGGACUUUACACGGGCCUGGCAUCCAAACUUGCCCAGGUCCUCACAGCCGCGUGGCACUAUGCAGCCGGUGGUCUUAGGGUCAUACUACAGUGCCUCCUGAUGGUGCUCCUCCUCCCCUUCACCUUCGUCAGGACCUUCGUGCCGCUGGUCCACAACUUCUACUUGUCCUUCGAAGCGUUCAGGGUCACUUCUAACCAAAUGGUGUUCUUCGUCCUGGCAGAACACGCGAUGACGCCCAAGCCCCAGCAGGCAGCUCUCUACUUUCUGUUCUUCUACACCGUUCUUAUCUACUUACACAAGACUCUCUUCAGACGCCAGUGGGGCCAGAACCUCAACUCGACGAACCUCCGAGAUUUCCUGAAGCUAACGGCUUGGUAUAUGGCCGUACGACUGGGCAAAGGCGUGGCGCUGUCGUUCAUCCUGGUUAUGUUCACCGUGGAAUUCCGUCACGGGGAACCACAGCUUUCUUACAUCGCUGCGACCUUUGUGUAUUUCUCGAUCACGCAGCAUAAGUGGACGGGCAACGAACGGGUCGUCGUGUGGCUGAGGAGCCUGAGUCUGGAGUUCUUCGAGGAGGAGGAGGAGCUGUGGGUUCCCCUGAGCUUCAAGGCGAGCACCGUGCUGGCUUCUGUGGCUGUGGCGGCGCCCUUGGCUUCCACCUGGCCGACGCUCUGCGCUGUGGCCGCCUACACCAACGUCCUGGCCCCCGUGAUCCUCCUGAGGGCGCAGUUCGAGACGCAGCACCAGACGAUCCUCAACAAGUAUCGGCGAGCGACGAAGGAGGAGAUUUCAGCCCACUCAACCUGCCCGGUGUGUCUGGAGACGUUGAAGGUGGCCAGAGCGACCCCAUGCAACCAUCUGUACCACGCCACCUGCCUCAGACGCUGCCUGGAGCUCUCCCCGCUCUGUCCCAUGUGUAAACAAACCAUCCUGUGAUAGCGGUGCAGUGUUUGUAAAACAGGCAGUUUUCACAAGGCGGCCCGACAUGACGUGAGUGCAAAGACAUAUUUAAAAAUAGGACUACGGACGUAUUUUUUUUCCUUUUGAUUUAUUAUUAUUAUUUUUUUUUGUAGAAGGGGGGUGGGGUGGGGUUAUUAGCGGUUGCUUUGUUGAGCGCGGCGUCUAUGAAGAUUUGUUUUGAUAAUGUCAAAUCUUUGGUGACUCAUGUGUCAAUGUUGAUGUGCCUUAUUAUGUUGUUGUUGAUAAUGUAAAUAAAAUAUCUAUAUUUAUGCCUUCUGUCCGUUAAUAAAGAGUGAUAUAUA